GGUCUUUCUCCUCCCAUGAUGGCCGCAGUGUUCGCUCAAUUCUUCCUCUUCCUCAUUCGAGCUGUGGCGGUCCGUGCACGUGCGGGUGUGGCUUGCAGCUGCGGUGAUGGCUGGGCUGCGGCAGUGCGUGCGGAUUUGGGUGGUGCCGCGGUGGCCGCCCGCCUUCUCCGUGGUGGUUUUUUCUUCCCGCUGUGAGUGGAGCCGUCUCUUGGGGAUUGGGUCGGUCUGCGUCUGCUCGGAGCGUCUUUGCUGUGUAUUCACCGACUUGGUGGCGCAUUCUGCUGCCGAUCCACCACCGAGCUCUCCUGCAGUCCUGCUGUGCGUGUCUCCGCACCGAUUUCCUCCUCCACGUUGCUCGGCGAUAGGAGCGCAGCGACCUUCCUACCACGCGAAAGGGCGAGGCUCAAUCCCGCCGCACCAGAGAAGAGCGGGCUUCAAUCCGAGGGGAGUACAGUCCGCCGCUUCCAGUGCCGGCACCCAGGCGCCUGUAUUGUCCUUCACCAAGCCGGUCGCCGCCCUGUAGCAGCUCCAACAACGAGCCCAUGUGAGCAUGUAUGUUCUUCUGUUUAGAUUCAGUUUUCAGCUAUUUUUCUCCAGGACAAAUUCAGUCCAAUGCAUGUAAUUGGAAAUCGGGAAGAGACCAAACACGGAUGCAUGUACUUGGAAUCACGAAGAUAACCAAAUAUUGUGUUGGUUAAUUAUGUACACAAAUCGGUUAUAAUUUCUCAAGUACUUCCUUAGUUUAGA